UUGACCGUUCAUUUGUUAGUGACCUGCUGUCUAUUAAGAAUGCAGCCAUUAUUACCAUUCAAUACAAUAAGAGUGGUUGGGAGAAAUCGGACCAGAUAACUGGUCAGGUUUUGUUUUUUUCUGUUACACAAUUCCGCACGAGUAGAACAAUGCAAUUGCAACGGUUUUUUUCUUUGGAAACUUGUCGUUCAAUCAGAAGCUGCAGACAUGAACAUACCGCAAUUAUAGACGAGUAUAUCUGAGACAGGUAUAUAUCAAAUCCAGACAAAAGAAAGGGAAACCCGUAUUAUUAUUAUUAUUAUGACUGUCAAAUAACCAAUUGGGGUUUAUCCGGUCUUAUUAUCGCAACCUGCUUAUCACGCUGAGGAGUAAAAGCAGUCAAACGUACUGCUUGCACUUUUUCACGAUUAGAAUUGUUAACUCAACGCAUGUGUAUAGUCUGCCUGGGUGAAAGUUUCAACUCCAAUAUUUCAUUUUCUAUUUCUGCCUUAGACGAAAGAUGCGCUAUAUGGAAAGAGGUUACUUAAAUAAUGUUACAGCUAAUAAGUUGAGAUAAUAAGAUACACAAAUGACCAAUAUUACAUGGGAACACAGGAAACGUGAAAGGAGUCGGACAAACUUUUUCCCAUCAGAGACGGUCCAGGAACUAUAGUUGAAACGAUAUGGGAAGUCAUCCGGUUUCUUCCUCAGUUUAGAAAACCUUAUCUGUUACUUUCCGUUUCCGCGUGUUCAAUCAAUUCAAAUGUAAGCAAGUUUGCAAGUUUUCUCCGAUGGCGACUUGGUUUCACUUGUUCCUUAUUAAUUGCCAGGAAACGUUUUCCCUUCUUUGCUGCCGCAUCACGCUUUUUAGACUUGAGUGGUUUAUAAAAGGAUAAUUUCCCAGAGCAAAUGUUGACAUAACUUAUCAGCUCUUAGUCCCGGACGCAGCACAUUUUUUCAGUUCGAUCGUGAAAACAGUUGAAAUAUUCCCACAUCAUCACUUGUGAUUGAACUAUAGCAGCAAUGCUGAUCAUUUUGAGGAAUGCGAUGCUCGUCGUGAUUUUCGGAGCGAUGUCGUCCGUCCAGUAUAAUCACAUGGCUGCCCCCUGGCAAGAUUUGGAGUUGGCUGAAGCCAAAUACCAGGUGUCGUCUGUGCCCCGCGGAGUUACUUACGGAAAAGUGAAGAGUAGUUAUGGCGUCCCUAGCAAGUCAUACGGCAGCGGAUACAUUGGCCAAGGCUACGGAAUUCCGAAAGGAGUUCCGCUAUUUCGAUGGGAUGCUACUCAUCCGAAAGGCAAAGGAGCUCAUCACGGUAAACACGGACAUCCCGGUAAAGGUGGGCAUCAUCACCACCCCCACCAUCACCACGGCAAAGGAGUUGUGUACAUCAUUAAACCAGCCUACGUUAAACCCGCCUACGUUAAACCGGCCUACGUCAAACCAGCGUACGUCCAUCCCGUAAGUACGGCACCCAUCAGCAGCGGUUACGGGUCCAGUCAGGGAACAACUGGUGGUACUACUACUCAUUCCGGAUACAGUGUCUCCAGCGGCGUCUUUAGCAGCACUAACACAGGACAGGCCAGCGCCUACGGUUUGACCAACAAGAAGCCUUUCACCGCGUUCAAACCGUUCAAGGGAAAAGGUAGUCAAACUCCGUUGCCCGUAAGCGAAGAGAAAGGUGUUGUCGGUUCGCCGGCCAUAGAAGAAAAACCUGCCACCGGUGGCGAGCUGGUCACGCCGGCCGUUGUGGCUCCGGCCCCCGAGAUUGUUGCUCCACCUGCCGAGGUCGUUGCCCCCGUUGCCGUUAUUGCUCCACCUGCCCCGGAAGUUGUUCCAGCGGAAGAACCGCUGUCGGCUGAAGUUGUUGAUGGAGCGGCAGAGCCUCUGUCUGCCGAAGAAGUCGAACCUGUUUCCGGUGAAGUUGAAGCGCAGGUGGUGGAUGAACCAGAGCUGGUUCCCGAAGUAGUUGCUCCCGAAGUAGUUGCUCCUGAAGUGGUUGCUCCUGAAGUAGUUGCUCCUGAACUAGUUGCUCCCGAAGUAGUUGCUCAUCCAGUUGAUGAACCGGAGAUUGACGUGAUUGAGGCGAUUGUCGAGAUCGUUGAAAGCGCCACAGAAAUUGCCAAUGCUCCUGAUGGGGAGGUGGAAAGUGCCACGGAAGUUGGCGGAAAGGAUCAACAAGGAGAGGAGAAUGAAAUCAAAGAAGGUAAAGAAGAAGAGGAAACGAAAGCUGGAGAAAACGGAGCCAAUAGUGAAGAAGAAGGAGGUAACAAUAACAACAGCGAUGAACGUUAAAGAGCAAAGUGUGUCAUCUCCUUGAAGCUGUGAUGGUGUUGUUAUCUCAAAGCUGAAGGCCUCAAACAAGUCAGUUUGUUUUGGCGGUUGCAUAACAAAAGUAUGAAACUCAAGUGCGUUACUAACCUUUUAUUCACAUUAUGUUAAAUGUCUCAAUUCAAUAUCUCCAAUCUCACAUGGGUUGUACCCACGAGAUCAAAAUAAUAAUACACACAUCUUUUCAUGUUUAA